AUGGCCCGUACGUACGCCUCCGAUGCUGCGCCGUAUGAUGUUGUGGUGAUUGGUGGCGGUCCUGGCGGCUACAUUGCUGCCAUUAAGGCCGGUCAGCUUGGCCUGAAGACAGUGUGCAUUGAGAAGCGCGGCGCGCUUGGCGGUACGUGCUUGAACGUUGGCUGCAUUCCGUCCAAGUCGCUGUUGAACAACUCGCACAAGUACCACGAUGUCCAGCACGACCUGAAGAAGCGCGGUAUUGACGUGGAAGGCGUUAAGCUGAACCUUGAUGUCAUGCUGAAAGCAAAGGACAAGGCCGUCACGGGCCUGACAAAGGGCGUGGAGAUGCUGCUGAAAAAGAACAAGGUUGAUUAUAUCAAAGGAAUGGCGAGCUUUGCCGGUCCGAACAAGCUGGAUGUGCAGCUUCUCGAUGGCGGCGAAACGCAAGUAGAGGGCAAGAACAUUGUGAUUGCCACCGGCAGCGAGGUGUCGCCUUUCCCGGGAAUCGAGAUCGACGAGAAGCAAAUUGUGAGCUCGACGGGCGCACUGAGCCUACCCGAGGUGCCCAAGAAAUUUGUUGUUAUUGGCGGCGGUGUGAUUGGUCUUGAGCUCGGCAGUGUCUGGCGUCGUCUGGGUGCCGAAGUCACCGUUGUCGAAUUUAACGACGCGAUUGGCGGACCCGGCGUCGACGCCGAUAUCGCCAAGCUCAUGAAGCGUACCAUGGAAAAGCUCGGGAUCAAGUUCAUGCUUGGCACCAAGGUUGCAUCCGUAGAAAAGAGCGCGGACCAAGUCAAGAUCAAGGCCGAAGACGUGAAGAGCGGCAAAGAGGUGGACAUCGAUGCCAACGUCGUGCUCAUGUCGAUCGGCCGCCGCCCCAAUACUUCCGGUCUCAAUCUUGAGGCUGUCGGCAUUGAGAUGGAUAAGCGCGGACGUGUGGUUGUCGACGAUGAGUACAACACGUCGUGCAAAGGCGUGCGUGCGAUUGGCGACGUCACAUUUGGCCCCAUGCUUGCACACAAGGCCGAGGAGGAGGGCGUUGCUAUUGCCGAGUUUAUCAAGACUGGUCAUGGCCAUGUCAACUACGACGCAAUUCCCGCGGUUAUCUACACCUAUCCUGAAGUCGCCUGGGUCGGCAAGUCCGAGACCGCGCUGAAGGACGAAGGCGUGCAGUACAAGACUGGCACCUUCCCUUUCAUGGCCAACUCGCGUGCAAAGACGAACGAGGAGACAGAGGGGCUCGUCAAGUUCAUUGUCGAGAAGGAGACGGACAAGGUGCUCGGUGUUCAGAUUAUCGGGCCAAAUGCUGGCGAGAUGAUUGCCGAGGCGACGCUUGCGUUGGAAUACGGCGCUAGUGCCGAGGAUAUUGCUCGCACCUGCCAUGCUCACCCGACUCUUUCUGAGGCGUUCAAGGAAGCCGCCUUGGCGAGCUACGACAAACCGCUCAACUUUUGA